UUCUACAGCCACGCACAAGGAAACGCUCAAUGGGGACUGACUUUGUCCAGCAUUUCAGUGAGACUUCCUCUGAAAGUGAAGAUGAUGAAGAACCAAAGUGGUUUUUGGAGAGGAAAAAAGACCUAGCACCUGAGUUCCUACACAUCCAGAAAUUAGUGAGAAUACUCAAGGCAGGUGAUCAGAUGGCCACUGUGCUUGUUAUUGUUGCCCUGCUGGACUUGGACUGGACAAACGAGACGUUCCAACUGGCCCUCCAGGACACUGGUGGUCUCCAGAUCCUCGUUAACUUGCUGGACACCGGUGAAGAGAGAUGCAUGACUGGGUCUCUAAAACUGCUGAGGGAACUCUGUCAAAGCGUUCAAAUGCGGCAGACUGUUGUAGACUUGGGAGGCCUGCAGCACAUGGUGAUGAUUCUGGACUCAGGUGUACAGCAGCUGAAGGCUUUAGCUGCGGUGGCCAUUGCUAAUGCAGCUCAGUUCCGCAGAGCGAGAAGAACGGUCAGAAAACACAAUGGAAUCAAGAAACUGGUGAGUAUGUACACAAAGUAUCAAGUACGGGUUACUGCAGCAUGCUAGUUCCACUGCAACAGAAGAGACACGAAGGAAAUGGGAAAGUUGAGAGAAACUGAAGUCAGAGAGAAAUCCAGUAAAACUCUAUUUUCCACAGCUGCACCUACUCUAAAUCUUAGGUACAAGGACAUUCUCAUCAACAAAAGCUUACAGUUACAGUGAUCCAAAACAAAUGUUGACAAACUCAUCCACAUACUUGUGUAUGAAAAAAUAACGUGCUUAUUUUACUGUCACUCACAGACACAAAACUACUGAUACAUUUCUCUCAUUCUUCAAAGCAGGAACUCUAAUCCUUUACUGCAAGUUACAAAAUACGGAGUUCCUGCUCUAAUCGUUUUGCUCCAUUUGAAGAAUAACCGAUUCAAACACUUGUAUUAACAUUUUCCUUACCGCAGAUCAAAUGUGUGACUGCUACUGCACAAACCUUCUGAUGUGAGUCAUAGAUGCUGCUUUUCAGUAAUCGGAAGGUUGCAGGUUCAAUCCCGGCUCCGGAUAGAGAAUUCCGCUGUUGUGUCCUUGGGCAAGACACUUAAAUCGCCUUGCCUGCUGGUGGUGGUCGGAGGGACCAGUGGCACCUGUGCUCAGCAGCCUCGCCUCUGUCAGAGUGCCCCAAGGCAGCUGUGGCUACAUCGUAGCUCAUCACCAUCAGUGUGUGAACGUGUGUGAAUGGAUGAAUGAUACACUGUAGGGUAAAGUGCUUUGGAGUCCUCUGACUCUGAAAGGCGCUGUACUACUGUGGGUCAUUUAUCAUAACAUGCAGACCUAGGGAAGUAAAGUAAUCCAGCUGUGUGAGCAGAGCUGAACAAGUCUUCCAUUCUCUAGCCAACCUUUAAGUUGGAUGACCAGUGAACUAACUUUACAUGGCUUAUGCUUUUCUGCCUAGAGGUCGACCCAUAUUGAUUUUUCUACCUGUGCCCAAAGAUGGCAGUCACGGUCAGCUGAUGGCUGAUUUAAUGGCAGAUAUAUGGAUCUUUUUCAUCUAAUCUGGAUGAUAAAUUAUCAUUAAUAACAACAGUGGACCCACAACUAGGGCUGUCGCGGUUGAGGAAUUCCCCCUGCGGUGAUUCAGGGUGGCUUAAUAUUGCGGUGUGCGAUAUUAUUGCAGCCCUUUUUUUUAUUGCAGUACUAUCUAAACAUAAUGUUUACACAUUUAAAAAAGGUUAAAAAUUGC